ACUGACCAGUGACCACCCACCCCACUGUUCCAUCAAUCAUAGCUGAAGAAGCAGCAUAAAGUGUUCCAUUGGCGACACCACUGGAUCUGAGGAAGCUACCGGUAGAGCCAGUUGGUGUUUUACUUGAGGCACCGGCGGCGACCUUGAUCGGAUGAAAGCAGGACCCGGAGAUCCUCUUCAAAAUCCUCUGCACAGCUUUCUUACGAGAAAAGGUAUCUGAAAUGGCUACCGACAAAGACGACCACAUAGAGCGGCCGAUGGAAAAUCAUGCAGCAAGCAUCAGCCGCAUCACAUCUGAUGUCCUACACGAGAUACUUCUCAGGCUUCCAAUCAGCUCUCUCCUGAGAUUACUGAGGACGUGCCACCAAUGGCGUGACGUAAUCCGCGACUCCUGCUUCGUGAUGGGCCAUGCUAAUCGUGCACCCGAGCAUCUCCUCCUCUUCUUGCCAAGAGUAGAUGCCUCAGAAAGCCACAUGACUGUCUCACCUGGCCGCAUAAAAAUCUUUGAUGAGAAAUGGUCCGUGUCAACAUGGGCAGCUUCAUCCAUGGAUCCGGACGACCACCUCUUCGCAUCAUGCAACGGCCUUCUCUGCUUCUACAGGAAAUACACACUGAAGAUCGUCAACCCAAUGACCGGCCAAAGCCUGUACCUCUCAAAACCUGACAGGAAAUUGUUCCGUGACCUGUACUAUCUAUACAGCUUCGGGUUCCACCCGGCGACAGGGGAGUACAAGCUCAUCUACUUCCACCGCGAGCCCCGGCAUGGCCGCUUGUCAGGGCAGCCGUUCUGCUUCGACUCCAUUCAGGUGUACACCCUUGGCGAAGACAGGUGGAGAGAGAUCAGAGCACCCAAAGAGAGCUGCCUGGUGAACCUCGGGGUCGUCAAUGUGGACGGCGCGAUGUACUGGAUCACGGAGGAGGAAGGGACAUGCUGCGGCGUGGGGGUCAUGCGGUUCGAUCUCAGGGACGAGACCUUCCAGCUGCUCAGGCCUCCGCCGCUGAAGACUUGCGAGGUGACAGACAGGCCCUGUGACGCUCCUGACCUCUCUUACCAUAUAACUGAGGUGGACAGGAAGGUGUGCCUGGUGACUGUCCCAUUCAGCUGCAGCUCUCCCCUUUGGCGCCGCUACAACGCGGAGGUCGCCGGGAGGAUGGAUGUCUGGAUGCUCCAGAGUCCGGCUGAGGAUAGGUGGUUCCUGAGGUACAACAUCGACCUGCCCGCGUCUGCGCCGCGGUUCGUUCCGCAGCCGUGCUUCAUCCGCGGGGAGAAGAUCUUGCUGCAUGAUCACGACGGUAGCGCGUUCUGCCAAGAUCUGCAGGGCAACGGUAUGCAGACUGAGGACUGCAGUGAGGUGGUGCUGUUGAACUUCAAGCCUUACAGGUACUACGAGACGCAGUCGUACCUGUACAAGGAGACCCUUGUUCCCUUGGAUGUGUAUGCAGGGGCGGCCAUUGUUCGCUCGUCGCGCUAGACUCUAGCUCCACCGUAUGUCUGAUAUCAGGUUGCAGCAGGAUGAUGUAGUUUGAAGUUUCUAGCAGCACGAUCAUUGUGUGCUAUUUAAGGUAUUGUAAUCAUGUUUGCUUUGAACCAAGAAAAAGAGAAGAAAAGCUUGGCUGUGCGAGGCAGCUGAGGCCAAA